CAAAUUUACCAAUAAAAUUUAAAAACAUUUAAGUUAAAAAUUAAAACUAUAAUUAUAAAAAGUUAAACCUACUAGCACAAUAGUACAAAUAUAUAAUUUGAUUUCGGCAAGUUUAUAGCCGCUGCGUUUUAUGUAUCAAUAUUUACCAUGGCGCAACAUAUGAACACUGCUGUGGACGAAGACGCCGCGCUGUUGCAAUUUCCUAAAGAAUUUGAAAACGCUGAAACCUUACUUAUUUCCGAAGUAAAUAUGUUGUUGAAAUUUCGUAAGAACCAAAAUGAAAGUGCUGAAGAAGAACAAGAAUUUUCGGAAGUGUUUAACAAAACAUUGACAUAUACAGAACAAUGUUCCAAGUUCAAAAACAAAGAAACCAUUGUUGCUGUAAGGAAUUUACUUGCCGGGAAAAAAUUGCACAAAUUUGAACUGGCAUCAAUUGGUAACUUAUGUCCUCAACUCGCCGAUGAAGCCAAAUCACUUAUACCCAGUUUAGAAGGCAGAUUUGACGAUGAUGAAUUACAACAAAUUCUAGAUGAUAUACAAGCUAAAUUAAGUAUUCAGUACUAAUUAAAUUUUACCAAAAAAAAAAAAUGAACUAUUUCUUUAAUUUUGUGUAAUUUUUAAAUAAUUUCCUUGCUAUUUAAAAAUAUUUAUGUAUUUCCAAUAAUCGAAAAAUUGUCUAGCAUUAUA